AUGGGGACUUCAAUGGUGUUAUUCAGCGAUGGACUCCUAUGUCUGUCCAAGUAUCUUAACGGCUACAACAAUGGGUUCUGGUUCACGGUUUUCUCUAGAUUGAUCCUUAAAUUGCGGAUGUUCCAGUGCUUGCUCUAUGUACAGGUUGCAAGUGAGAGGUUGAAGCUAGUGAACGAGAAGUUAAAAGAAAUUAACUCUUUGGGUCGAAACCUUUCAAAUUUUACCAUUCUGGAAGCAAAUAAUGUCCCCUGUUUGGAUUUGGGGGAGGCACACUCCCUGCACUCAAUCAAUCAAAUUCUUGCCUUGAAGGACAUUUUCGGUCGCGUAUGGGAAGUCAUGAAUGUAAUCAAUGACUGCUUUGGUUGGUCCUUGCUGGCUAUUAUUAGCUAUUGCUUCCUUGACUUUACGAGCAACGGAUAUUGGCUGUUCCUUGCCAUGGAAGACAUAGUCCCCGACUUCGUCGUUUUAGAGUGUCUUUGUCGAAUGUUCCAGUUGGGGUUAAUGUUGACUGUACUAUCGUGGAUCUGUGAUAUGUGUAAACGGGAGAGUGAGGAAACCGGACGUUUGGUUCGAAAGUUUAAAAAAUCUACCAACAAUGAGCAGUACAACUCCUUGAUCAGUGAAUUUUCCUUACAAAUUAUGCAUGAGUCAAUACGUGUUUCCGCGAAUGGAUUUUUCACUAUUGACUUCGAGCUCUUGGGAUCAAUGGCUGCAACGACUGUUACUUAUCUUGUGAUCCUUAUCCAGUUUCUACUUAAUGAAAGCGGGAAUUAAAGCAUUUUAUCCAGU